UGUUACAGUACUUUAAUUGCUGAUCUUUCAUUCUUUGUAUCUGCAUAUUGUAUAAAGUGUGUAUACAUACAGUAUGCUACUGAUCAGUUGUACUGAAUAGGGCAACGCUUGAAAUCUAUUCUAAAGUUUCUUCAACAGACUGGUUUUACAAGGGUGACUGAUCCGUUUGUUCAAGCUGUCCUGAGUGAAAUUUGCUGAUGGUUAACAGACACUGUAUGACACCCAGUCAUGGAUGGACACAUAUCCAGAUUGCUGCUGAUAUUUAUUCUGUUGGUACUAUCAGGAUUUUUACUGCCUAUUCUCAGCAUGUUUAGGAACAUUGUAGGAUUUGAGCAGCUAAGUUUCAAAGUCCAGCAAGUACAGAGCAGUGUCCACACAGUCUUUAAGCCUCCUGAAACCUUGUGGCCACUGGACACAAACAACACUUACUGUACACGCUUUGGCCAGGAGCCCACAGCAGAAGAGGCCAAAGAAGAGAGAGAUCUGCUCAACUCCAUAGCAUGGCCAGGUCCCUUGGUGCAAGGCCUUCCUUUGGAGCUCAGCAGCGACCCUGCCAAAAGUUACUUUGUGAUCCAGGGCUCGUCAAAACAACGAUUAGGUGGUCAGCUUCUGGUCAGUGUCCAUGUGCAGAAUUUCUUGGGUCUGCCUAAGGAUCAUGGAGGAGAUUUCCUGAUAGCCCGGCUGCAUUCACCUGAGCUGGGUGCCGGUGUUGGAGGGAAAGUGCAUGACCACCAAAAUGGCACCUAUACAGUGCUGUUCCCACUGCUGUGGGCUGGUGUAGCAUGGGUGGAAAUCACCAUGGUGCACCCAAGUGAGGCUGUGGUGGUGCUAAAGAGAUUGCAGGAGGAGCAACCUGACAGAGUGUUUUUUAAAAGCCUGUUCAUCUCUGGUAACCUCUCAGAGACCACCGUGUGCAACCUGUGUCUGCCGCUCAACCAGAAACCACUCUGCAACUACACUGACCCUUUAACUGGAGAACCCUGGUACUGCUACAAGCCUGAAAAGCUUGGAUGUGACAAACGAAUAAAUCACUAUAUAGGGGGCUACAAGCAUGAUCUCAUAACUGAAUAUGAAGCAAAGUUCUUCCAGAGUGAUGUAAAUAUCAAAAUUCCUAUACUUGCAUCAGCGAUGGACAAAGUGAUUGUAUUGCCUGCAGAAAAAGGACAAGACAAAGUAAAAAAUAGUUACAUUCCUGCUGGCUACUACUUUCAUGAUACCUGGACGCCUUUGAAUGGUGCAGUUAUUCAGCAGUUUAAUGAUUCUUCAGCUAUAACACAUUGUCUUAGAGGGAAGGCUGUCUACAUGUUUGGAGACUCCACUGUACGGCAAUGGUUUGAGUACCUCGCUGAUGUUCCGAACCUCCAACAGUUAAUUCCUUAUCGUCCAAAAAAUCCGGGGCCGUUCAUGGCUGUGGACAAGAGGAACAACAUUCUGGUAAGCUACCGCUGCCAUGGGCCGCCGAUCCGCUUCAGACCAGUGCUUUCCUCUCAGCUACGCUAUGUAGCAAAUGAGCUAGACAAGAUCCAGGGUGGGCCAGACACAGUCGUUCUUGUGAGUGUGUGGGCUCACUUCAGCACCUACCCUGUUGAAAUAUAUAUACGGCGCCUCCGACACAUCCGCAGGGCUGUGGUACGGCUGCUGAACCGUGAGCCAGCUACGUUGGUGGUGAUCCGUACUGCCAACCUACAGAACAUGGACUCAAAGAGGAGCCUGUUCAACAAUGACUGGUUUUCUCUGCAGAGGGAUGUUGUGCUACGUGCCAUGUUCAGAGGACUCCGUGUGCAGCUGCUGGAUGCCUGGGAGAUGACGCUGGCCCACCACCUCUCACAUGAUAUGCACCCACCCCGUUCCAUCAUCAAAAACAUGAUUGAUCUGAUCCUCUCCCAUAUCUGUCCAGUUGGGAAAAUAUAGUGUGAAAAUAAUUUUG